AUGGCGACCUCUCACAACCCCUUGAAGGUGAUUAUUAUUGGAGCUGGAAUCGGGGGGCUGACAUGCGCAAUUGCUUGUCGACACGAGGGCCUCGAUGUAAGCAUUCUUGAGCAAGCUCCCAAGAUUAUGAUGGUCGGUGCUGGAAUACAAGUACCUCCGAAUGCGGCGCGAGUUCUUGGAAAUUUCGGCUUAAUGGAUAAAAUCCUGAGCCGCGCUAACAUUGUAGAAUCGAUUGACCUUCGUCACUACAAAAGUGGAGAAAUUCUCACUUCGAGACCCGGUGGCUCCCAAGUCGAGCAGGAGUUUGGCUCACCGUGGCUAGUCAUACACCGAGCGGACUACCAGACGAUUCUGAUGGAAGAAGCAAUUCGAUUGGGUGCCAACCUGCUCUUAGAUUCUACGGUCACUUCAGUCGACUUCGACAAAACGGAAGUUGUGUGCGCAAAUGGACAUACUAUCAAGGGUGAUGUGGUCAUCGGUGCGGACGGUUUGUUAUCCCGUGGAAAUAGACUUCUGGGUCAGGAAUCUCGACCAAUUGAGACUGGUGAUAUGGCCUACCGCGCCACUUUCGCCCGAGAACAGUUGUUGUUGUUAGGCGAUUCUCGCAUAGAAGAUCUAUGCGAGGAGUCUGUUGUUUCAUCAUGGAUUGGCCCAGGUCGACACUGCGUCUUCUACCCACUCAAUUCUGGUCAACAAUUCAAUCUCGUUUUAGUCCGACCGGAUAACCUGCCGUCAGAUGUCAGAUCUACUGCAGGCGAUAUAACCGAGAUGAGAGAUACAUUUGCAUCAUGGGAUGAGAUAUUAACGAAAAUGAUUUCAUGCAUCGAAACCGUCUUGAAGUGGAAGCUCUGUCACCAUGAGGAGCUGGAGACUUGGUACAAGCAAAACGUCGCGCUACUAGGCGAUGCCUGUCACCCAACACUGCCGUACCAAGCACAGGGAGCGGCUAUGGCAGUUGAGGACGGAGCAGUGCUUGGAAAGCUGCUUGGUCUGCAUUCUCGUGACCGGCCGGAUGGAGCAACAGAAGGUAUCCCAAGGAUCCUCCAGCUAUAUGAAUCGUUGCAAAAGGGUCGUUCAACUACCAAUGUGAACGGCGCAAAAGCGAACCAGCGACUGUAUCAUCUACCGGAUGGUCCAGAGCAGGUUAAGCGGGAUAUCAUGCUCAAAAAUGCCGACUAUAAAUCUCCGAGCAGCCUGAGCUUUGUCGAUGUGAACUAUCAGACGGCUUUGUUAGGGUGCGAUUGCAUUGCCGAAGCAGAGGCCGCAUUCCACAAGUUGAAAAGCGUGGAUGUCUAG